CACUUAACCCUAUUUGCAAUAUGAAGAUCGCUAUUGUUGCUCUUUGCAUGCUCGCCCUUGUGGCUGCUUCGCAGGCUGCCCCGGUCACCAAGCCCGAGGCUGACCUCUGCCCUAUCUGCCUCCAGCUCAUGAACGAGGCUCUCGACCAGCUCGUCAACAUCAUCCUCAACGUUGGUGUCGUCGGCUCGUGCGGUGACGUUUGCGGCAAGCUCCCGGCCAAGCUGGAGCAGGUUGCUUGCGACCUUGUCUGUGACUACGUUGGUAUUACCGAGUUCGUCAAGAUCCUCCAGGAGGUCGACCCGGACGCAGUGUACAUCUGCCAGGUCCUCGGCGGCAUCUGCCCGAUCCACGACAACGCCAAGGUUGAUGACGUCAAGCUCAUCGUUGCGCCGUCCUCCGGCCAGCAGGGCUCGACCUUCUCCAUGCACUUUUCGUUCAACGUCGUCAACGCCACUGGCGCCGGCGAGGUCGCCCUCGGCAUUCAGCCGCCGAACGGUGAGGGCUUCGGUGACGGCCAGCUCGUGCCCGGCUUCCCGGUCGGCCCGAUUGCCAUCUCGUUCCGGCUCCAGGCCAAGCCGUCCGAGCAGGAGCCCUUCUCGCCCGGUACCUACCAGGUUGAGGCUGCUGUCUGCAACGGUGAGUGCGGUGCCACCCACCCGCACACCGCCACCCUCGGCACUGCGUCGGCCUCGUUCGUGAUCACCCAGUAAGCCCAUCAUCUCUGUCGCUUCAUUUGCGGCAGGCUUGCUUGACAUUGAACGUGUUCGUUUUCAUCAA